AGUAACGUAGUUCUACGUAGUUCUUCAUCUACGUUUGGAGCUGAGGCUACAUCCACAUUUCGGUCUCGGUAUCGGUCGCACACGAAAAAGGCCGCUCAGGCUUCUCUCUGGUUUUACAUUGUGUUGCAUCAGCGGAUGCAAUAUGGAACUUUUUCUGGACGAUUUGUGUUGACCAGAGUGAUUCUUGUGACGUGUAAAUUACUGUCGAAAAAUGGCUGAGUCUGAGCAGAGAAGUAAAGAUGGUUGUAACACGGUGAUGUCGAAGGAGACAAUGAUGAAACAGGAGAAACGUGACAGCACAUUGACGAAUGGCGGGAAAGGCUCCGGCGAUGAUGCGGACAGCCUCGAGGAGUUGCCGCUCGACAUAGGCGAGCACUAUCUCGUUCGCAGAUCUGACGAUUCUUGGCAUCCUGCUGAAAUUAUCCAGACACGUUAUAAUGAAAAUGAAAGUCAUUAUGAAUAUUACGUUCACUACGAUGGGCACAACAGGAGGUUGGAUGAAUGGGUACCUCGUGACAGAAUUAUGUCCAGCAGAUUUGACAUGAGUGAAAUAGAACGGCAUGACAGAAAUUCAGGAACUGAUCUAUUAGCUGAUUCUUCUGAUCGCAAAAUCACUAGAAAUCAGAAGAGACGUCACGAUGAGAUCAACCAUGUACAAAAGACUUAUGCGGAAAUGGAUCCUACUACGGCUGCGCUGGAGAAGGAGCAUGAAGCUAUAACGAAAGUGAAGUACAUAGACAGAAUACAAAUUGGUAAAUACGAGAUUGAUACUUGGUACUUCAGCCCGUAUCCAGAAGAGUAUGGCAAACAGCCAAAACUCUGGAUCUGUGAAUACUGCUUAAAGUAUAUGCGUCUGGAGAAAACUUACAGAUAUCACAUGAGCGAAUGUACUCAUAGACAGCCAGUUGGAAAAGAAAUUUAUCGAAAAGGAACAUUGAGUAUUUGGGAAGUGGAUGGCAGGGAACAUAAAAUUUAUUGCCAGAAUCUGUGUUUGUUAGCUAAAUUAUUUUUGGAUCACAAGACCUUGUACUUUGACGUAGAACCAUUUCUCUUUUAUAUUUUAUGUGAAGUAGAUAAACAUGGUGCGCAUUUAGUUGGGUAUUUUUCAAAGGAAAAAGAAUCACCUGAUGGAAAUAACGUUGCAUGUAUUUUAACUUUACCACCUUUUCAAAGACAAGGUUAUGGCAAACUACUGAUUGCUUUUAGUUAUGAAUUAAGUAGAAUUGAACAAACGGUUGGAAGUCCAGAAAAACCUCUGAGUGAUUUAGGGAAGUUGUCCUAUCGUAGUUAUUGGAGUUGGAUUCUAUUAGAAAUCCUUCGAGAUUUUAGAGGAACUCUUAGCAUUAAAGAUCUUAGUCAAAUGACCAGCAUUUCGCAAACCGACAUUAUCUCAACAUUACAAAGUAUGAAUAUGGUGAAAUAUUGGAAAGGACAGCAUGUUAUUUGCGUCACGCCCAAAUUAGUAGAAGAACACAUAAAAAGUAGCCAAUAUAAAAGACCACGUCUCACAGUUGAUAGCAGUGCCCUGAGAUGGGGAGCGCCGCCUCGGAAGAACAUAAAACCUGGCAAGAAAUAGCACUUAAAUGGGCCAAUAUAAUGGUAUCUUUUUCUUCAUGAUCGUCUGAUAUUAUUUAAUAUGUCAUUUUAAAACAUUUGUCACAAAUAAAUAUCUAUCUAUUUGUAAAAUAAUUGGUUUUGUGAUUAAUUCUACAAACAAUUGCGUUACUGAGAAGAAAUGUAACUCUUGACUUUUUACGAAUAGGAUUUAUUGGUUCAAAGAAAUGUUAAGGAUUAUUCCUAUUUUUAAAAUAAAGUAAUUGUUGAAUA